UCAACUCCGUCGCAAACAUUCUGAGCAAAAAGCAUGGAAGGAUGUUUAGUUCUGACAAAAUUAUUUUGAACAAAAUGGAUGCAAGGAUGUUCAGCUCUGACAAGAUCCUCUUGAGCAAAAAUUCAUUCAAGUGGAAGGAGCACACCAUUAUCCACAGUAAGUUUGACUCAUACCUUGUGGAAAACAAAUUAGGAGAGGGCAGUUUUGGAAAAGUGAUCCGCUGCAGGAACCUUCACACAGAUGAGCUGAGGGCCAUCAAGGUUCUAAAGCGAAACACCAAUGCAGGCAAAGCUGAACUGAAAGCAUUGAAAGCGAUUAGACAGCUCGACGCUGACAAGACCAACUUGAUCAAGUUUUACGAAGGGUUCAACUACAAAGGACACAAGUGCCUUGUCUUUGAGUUUCUGAGUCAAAGCUUGUAUGACUUUUUCAUAGACAGAAAGCUUCUCCCGCUGCACGUGUCUGAGAUAAGGGUCAUAGCUCAACAGAUGUUAGUGGCUCUGGAUGCACUGAAAAGCAUCGGCAUUGUUCACUGUGAUAUCAAAUCAGACAACAUAAUGCUUGUGAACCACGAGCUGCAGCCGUUUAAGGUGAAGCUUAUCGACUUUGGCAACGCCAUGAGGAGAUCCACGUUGGAAAGGGUUGAGAUGAUCCAAGCUCUCGGCUACAGAGCCCCCGAAGUGGUGCUGGGCCUGCCCUUGGAGGAGGGCGUUGACAUGUGGGCUCUCGGCUGCGUUCUGGCCCUGGUGUUCAUCGGAAGGCACAUGUAUCCCGUGCAAUCCGAAUAUGAAUUCAUCAGAGUGAUAACAAAGCUCCACGGUUUCCCAGAGGACGAGAUUCUCAAGAAAGGGACGAGGGUGAGCACUUUCUUUACGUUCACUGAGGAUUUGUUCUGGAAGCUGAACACGAAUGAGGAAUAUCAAAAACUGACGGGAAAAAAAGUUGUCAAGCACAGUUGCAUUGACAAAUACAUAAAGACUUUCGAUGAGUUGCCAAGGUUGCACCCAGGACUGGAUGAUCUUGUUGAAGAAAAAGACACACGGGCUUUCAUGAGCCUCCUUAAGCGAAUGCUGCAUAUCAAUCCGGCAAAAAGGAUCACCCCAAGCCAAGCUCUCGGCCAUCGUUUCAUAACCAUGUCACAUCUUUCGCAUAAAAGCAGGGGGCCGUACGUAUCUUUGGCCCAUGCAAACAUGAGAGAGUCGCAGCUGGAGGAAGCAGAGGUUGGAAGGUAUAAAACAUCCAGUGAAAAUCUGUGCAUAUUUGGUUCAGCUAUUUCAUGCUUUGACCACCAACCUGAAGAGGAUUAUGAAAAUGAGGAAUAUAUAUUUUCAAUAAAAGCUGGGAGACUGAACACUGAAAGCCAAACUGACCCAGGGUCACAGGGGGAGAUGGUACACGGGGUCGAAACAUCUCAGAAAGUGGCGGCAGCUUUACAGCAAUACAAAAAACUCUCGUGCAAGAAAGGAAGAAUCCUGAUCCAUGUGAAGCCCCAGAUGUCUUCUCGAGAAACGCCCCUACCUGUCAGGAAACAAAUACGACCAACAAAGCUGCAGAAGUGUGUUUCCAACUCCAAACUGCCCAAUCCAUUAAGAUCUGAAGGUAAGGUAGACAGAGCAUCGUCUGGUGCUGUCAGCAGUAUACCAGGUCCUUGUAAAGAACCCACAAAAUCGGAAAACGAAGAUAGAAACCUUUCCUUCUUAGGUGAGAAUUACUUUGACAGUGCUGAGUCUGCAGAAAUACCUGACAAGUUCCUGUCCAUCCACUACUGA